AUUAUAUAGAAGUUACCAAUUUUUGCUAUCAAUUUGAAAAACUUUCUGAUUUAAUCCAUUCUUUAAAGUAGAAAUUAUUACAAAAUGAGCCAAUUGAGUCAAAAAAGUGGUAAAGAGUUAUUGCAUUUAACUAAAAAACUGAUUCCUCCUCUUUUACCUCAAUUCCACAAGGGUCAAGCCGGUAGAAUAGUUGUAUUUGGAGGUUGUGAAGAUUAUACUGGAGCUCCAUAUUUUGCUGCUCAUGCUGCUGCUGUAUUUGGUGCUGAUUUAUCCCAUAUCAUUUGUGAAAAGAAUGCAGCAACUGUCAUCAAAUCAUAUACUCCAGAUUUAAUGGUGCAUCCAUAUCUAUACGAAAAAGAUAAUGUUCCGAAUGAUGUGAAAGAUAUUGAUGAAUUCUUGGGUACGAAAAUCUUGACUAAAGUGAAGGCAUUGUUGGCUAGAAUUCAUGUUGCUAUUGUUGGACCAGGUCUAGGUAGAGAUGAAUUAAUGUUGAAAACUUUGGAGAUUGUAAUCAAUUACUUGAGAGAGAAGAAAAUUCCAAUCAUUGUUGACGCUGAUGGAUUGUUUUUAGUUUCUCAAAAACCAGAUGUUAUUAAAGGUUAUGAUUUGGCUAUCUUGACACCAAAUGUUGUUGAAUUUAAAAGACUUGCAGAUGCGGUUGGUGUUGAUGUUAACGGAGAUGAUCAAAUUGAAGAAGCUAAACAACUCUCAAAGAAACUAGGAGGUGUAACAAUCUUGAGAAAGGGAUCUAGUGAUAUUAUCGUAAAGAAUGAUGAAGCUUUGGAAAGUACAACUAAAGGAUCCGAUAGAAGGGCUGGUGGUCAAGGUGAUUCUUUAACAGGAACAGUUGCCACUCUUUUAGCUUGGGGACAUGCUUACAAGACCGGGCUCUGGGAACAUCCAGAUGAGAUUCAAGAGGAUCAAUUACCAUUAUUGGCUUGCUUUGGAGGUUCCACUGUGACUAGAGUUGCAGCUAGAGAAGCAUUUAAAGCCAAAGGAAGAGCCAUGCAAGCCACCGAUCUCCACGCAAAUGUCGGGAAAGCGUACCAAAUUGUUUUUGAAGAUUCCAAUGGUGAAUUUAAAUUGUAA